UGCGGGGCUGGAGGCCGAUGCGGCGGCGGCUGGUGCGGUUGGCGCCGGGUUCCCUGGCGCUGAUCCUGUCUCGGGAGGAGGGCGGUGCGGGAGCGGGUGCGGGAGCGGGUGCGGGAGGGGCCGCGCUGUGCGGGCAGCAGGUUCUGGCCCGGUUCAAGGCGGAGAACGCGAGCAGCGUGUGGGAUGCGGGGCUGGUGCGCUCGGUGUCGGCGCUGCUGUUCCUGGGGUGGCUGGGCGGCCACUGUGCGCUGCUGGUGCGGGGCUGCACCGCUCACCUGGAGCAGCUGAGACACGCCUGGACCCGCCGAGCCCUCAGGCCCCCCCGCGGCUUCCUCAUCAAAGCCCUCGGUGAUGUGCUGCCAGUGGCCAUGCAGCCGGUGGCUCAGUCCCAUUUUGUGCCCUUGGCGGAGGUGCUCUGCUCUGUGAUCCAUGAGAUGAAUUCGACCCAAGUCCCUGUUAACCAGGACGCCUUGCUGCAACACCUGGUCAAACGUUACCCAGGCAUCGCGGCACCUUCCCAAGAGAUGCUUCACCAGACGCUGGGCAGUCUGAUCCAGGAGCGCAAGAUUUACCACACAGGGGAGGGCUACUUCAUUGUGACUGAAAGCACCUACUACAGCGGGGGCAUAGGCCGGCACAGGGGCACCAGCGGCUGCCGGGGGGAGGGCGCUGAGCAGGCAGUUUGGGCUCAUUGCAGGUCCUGCCGCUGCCCACGGGAGCCCGGCACAGAGAGGCGUGAGCCAUGCACAGAAAGGCGAGACACAGGCUCCCGGCCUACUGGGGAGGCGAGACCUAGCGACGAGGGGAGGCCCAGCGACGAGGGGAGGCCUAGCGACGAGGCGAGGCCUGCAGCUCUGGGUCAGGCCAAUAGCCCACCUGAUAAGGCCCCAAAGGAGAAGAGCCCCAAGCGCUUUGGUCUCAGUCUGUUCAGGCGCAACCCCAAGAAAGAGAGGCCGAAGCGGGAAUACGUCAGCUUCUCGGCCCAGUUCCCUCCGGAACAGUGGCCGGUUCGGGAUGAGGACAGCCCGGACAAGCUCCCACGGGAGGUGGAGCUCCAGCUGAUCCGGCGCAUCAACCCUGAGCUGACAGUGGAUAACCUGCGUAGACAUGCCCUGCUGCUGGGCAAGACAGCCACAGGCCAGGCCCAGGCUCAGGAUCUCACCAGCCGAGGCACCUCCACACAAGCCCCACUGCCCCGUCACAGGCCUAGGGGCAAGAAGGGACUGCGGGCCAGAAGGCAGAGGGCGCUGAGCGAGACCCGGGCGAGGCCGGGCACAGAGCCAGCCGAUCCCACCAAGCCAGAGGCAGGCGGCAGGGAGAGGCCGUCCAGCCAGAGGCCUAGACACAAGCAUCACAAGAGAGUCAGUAACCCGAGCCCAGGAGGGGUGGAGGUCGAGACCCGGGAAAUGAGGCGGAAGCUCGUCCAGAGGUCAAAAUCCCUGGAUUCGAGUAAGACCCGGUUCCAUGUGGCAAGGCCCACCCCGGUUCAAACCUCAGAUCCCCAAAUGCUGGCAUCCUGCAGGCCUCCAGACAGGCCAGGCCUGGGCCUGGAGAACGGGUCACAUCCUAGGCCUGGGACCAACACCGAACCCCCGGACAACAGCCUCGACCAGGCUGUGGGCGAGAUUCAGCGUGGAGAGGGGGAGCGGCUCCUGGUGAAGGAGGAGGGAAGCGAGAGCUAUAGUGAGGAUCAGGCCUGGGCCAGGGCGGAGCUGGGCCCCGGGGAGGAGGAUGGGGAGGAGGAGACCUCCAGCUCCCUGUGCCUCGUGGAUGAGCCUGAGAUGGAUGCCAGCCCCCGGCCCAGCCCUAACCUGAGCAGCCUGGUGCAGCCUGCCUGGCGGUGGGAAGGCCUGGGCGCAGGGUGUGUGCCGGUGCCUGGGGCCCCUGGAGGCCUGGCGGGCUGGUUGGAAGCGGCUGAGCAGGCCGGGCAGCGAGCUCACAGGUCGGCCUCUCCGCGGCCCUGUGACCGGCCGGAGGAGGCUGAGACAGAGUGUGGCGGAUGGGAAGGCGAGGCUGGGGAUUACUGCCAGCCUGGCAUCGGCCCGGGGCCCCCCAGUGAGCGGGAGGAACGGACCGCGCUCGAGAACCACAGCGUGACCGGCGACAGCGGCAUCGACUCGCCACGGACCCGAGUGAGCCUGGCCUCAAACAACUCCAUCAUUAUGGACUGCCUGAAGAGGAGGGGCCUCCUGCCCAGCUGUGAGCUGAGUCCGCACCGAAGCAUCGGAGCCUUCGCUCAACAGUCCUUGUUGCAGCUCACCCCAGUCAUGAACGUCUGACGUAAACCAGAGUACAGCGGACGAGCCCGGCCCGGUCACAGAGUACAGGGUGUCCACAGAGUCCUGUUGCCCCAUUCCUCCCCCUUCACUUCCAUUGAACUUUGCUGCCUUUUACGUUAAGCUGAGAAAAGUUACCAUGUAAUUUUUUUUAGACUCCGCAUCGUGUAAUCCUGCACCCUGAGCUUGUGCUCAACCUUUAUAUUAAACAGAUCAACAAAA